CUCCAAAAUCACAACUAUAAUUUAAAAUUUUAAAAAAGAAUUAGAAAAAGAUCCAUUUUUGUUGUUGUCAAUUUGUAGUUUUUGAUUGUGAAAUGUGAAAAAAAAAAAAAAAAUACAAGAAAAGCUUCUCUCUUUCUUCCUUUUCUUCUUCUAUACUCCCCCCUCAUCGAAUUUCCUCCCAAUUUCCUUUCGGUAUAAAUCCCAUCCCACAACCAAUUUCCAAACUUUUUCCUUCCUUUCUUCUUCUUCUUCUUCUUCUUUCAUUUCUUCGCCGCCAGCCAGCCAUGCCAGUUUCAGUUUGGUGGGGGAAGAAGUUCAGCAGCAAGAGCAGCAGCCCGACCAGCGGCGGCGGCAACAACAACGAGAGCUCGUUUUCUCCCAAGUCGUUGGCCAAGCUUGAUAACUUCAGGAGGAACAGCUCCGAUUCACCGUCAGCUGCUCCCGGUUUGACUUGUUCUUCGCGCGCGGGGAGAGAUUCCUCCGGCGGAUCUUCUGGGUUCUCCGGGUUCGAUUCGGAUGCCGACAGGCGCGGGCACCCUUUGCCCCGCCCGUCCGUCAGUGAUCGCGGCGGCGAUCAGGGUGGGGGCAUAGUCGGGUUUGGGAUUGGGUCGGGUUCCGGCUCGGCCUCUGGGUCCGUUUCCAGCGUCAGCUCGAAUGGGUCGGCUGGUGAUGAGCCCCAGAUUGGGAGUGGUGAUAAUCAGGCGACGUUUUUCGGCGGUUACAGGUCACCCGGCAAUCCAGGAGGACGAGCUGAAGCUAAGUUUUACAUGGGCUCUAGGAGCCCUGGUCCAGGGUCAAGAAGCCCUGGUCCUAGGUCAAGAAGCCCUGUACCUGGUUCGAGAGGUACAAGCAGGCCUACCUCACCCCUUCAUCCGCGGUUAAGCGGUAUGAAUCUUGAUUCGCCAACUGGGAGGUCCGAUGACAGCAAAAGCCAAUGUCACCCAUUGCCUCUUCCCCCAACUUCACCCACUAGUCCUUCAUCUUCCACAACAAGCUCAAGAAAUCAUGGAGGGGGUGAAAGCAUGACAGCGACAUUGUCAAAAUGGAAAAAAGGAAAGCUUCUUGGAAGGGGAACUUUCGGUCAUGUUUACCUUGGUUUCAAUAGUGAAAAUGGGCAGAUGUGUGCGAUAAAAGAGGUCAGGGUUGUCUCAGAUGAUCAGACAUCAAAAGAAUGUCUUAAGCAACUGAACCAGGAGAUCAAUUUGCUUAGUCAACUUUCCCAUCCAAAUAUUGUUAAAUACCACGGGAGUGAAUUGAGCGAUGAAACACUUUCAGUUUAUUUGGAGUUCGUCUCUGGUGGUUCUAUUUACAAAUUACUUCAAGAGUAUGGCGCCUUCAAGGAGCCGGUCAUCCAAAAUUAUACCCGGCAGAUUCUGUGUGGACUAGCCUACUUACAUGGAAGGAAUACUGUUCACAGGGAUAUCAAAGGAGCCAACAUAUUAGUUGAUCCUAAUGGUGAAAUCAAAUUGGCAGACUUUGGCAUGGCUAAACAUAUUACGAAUUGCUCUUCAAUGCUUUCAUUCAAGGGAAGUCCUUACUGGAUGGCACCUGAGGUUGUAAUGAAUUCAAACGGCUACAGUCUUGCUGUGGAUAUAUGGAGCUUGGGUUGUACAAUCCUCGAAAUGGCAACUUCAAAACCUCCAUGGAGCCAGUAUGAAGGGGUGGCUGCAAUAUUUAAAAUUGGGAAUAGCAGAGAUAUGCCUGAAAUACCAGAUUUCCUCUCCAACGAGGCUAAGAGUUUCAUAAAGUUAUGCUUGCAACGAGAUCCAUCUUUACGUCCUACAGCCUCACAAUUGCUGGAUCACCCUUUUCUCGGGGACCAUGGAACGAGAGUGCCAAAUAGCCAACUUUCAUCGCCCUACAACUUCGAUGGAAGCCGCACACCGCCGGCACUGGAUAUUAAAUACAACAGAAAUGGCAUCACAUCAUCCCAUGAGGCGGAGUAUCCUAUCAAGCCUGCAAUCUCCAACGUCAGAGCACCGAGAACUUCGAGGGAUGAUUUGAGAACGAUCACCUCUUUACCUGUAUCCCCUUGCUCUAGCCCAUUGCGGCAGAGUGUGCCAGCUCACCGAAGCUGUUUCCUGUCUCCACCACACCCUCUCUUUCCCCUGAUGGGCCAAAAUGGCAGCGGCGGUUAUAACAUGACCGAUUUCUCGUUACAGCCCACAAGAAAAAUCCCGGGUCUAUCUCACAGUGAUUUCGUCCUGGAAACCACUCCCCUCACGAACCACAUGACAGGUGGCUCGCCAAUCACGAGACGCCACUGAGUUGUAUACAGAACAGAGAGAAAGAGAUAUAUACUUUCCAUACUGAGAGGGUUCCCUCAAGUAGCCGGAAGCUUGUUUCAGAAGGGAGCUGGGGUAAGCCAGGAGUGAAGCCAAGAGCUACUUUUGGUGCAUACGUGGGUUUUAUAGCAGGGUUGGUUGGUUCUCUCUUGAUUUUAGUUUUGAGGCCAAAUCAAUAUUGUGUAAAAUGGUCUCAUCUUUUCGUUUGUGUUGUAAAUGAGAGGGCGGCCGCCAUUGUUGUAACAUAUGUACUGAUAAGCUGCAAGUUUGGUGUAUAAGAGAAAAAAUUGUCCGAUGCCCGGUGAUUUCGCCGGACUCUGGAAUGUUGAUAGGGUUCUUAGGACGGUCUUGUACUGGAUAUGUUUAAUCACAAUGAUCGAGAAUGUUUCCUUCGUUUUCAAUUUGGCCCUAUGACAAUUCAGGUGCAGACAGAACCAUGCCGAGCAGCUCCAACAUAGCAAGCUGAGCAAAAUAAUGAGGAAGAAAGAUCUGAUACAUUA